UGCGGGAACAAACCGCCGGCUCGCUUCUCCCGUUAAAUCACCGAUCACCGUCCGGGUCUCCGCUCGCUCCACGUGACCCCGGUGACGCUGAACGGUUCCCUCCUCCGCGGCCAGCGGGUCGGCCGAAUGAAAGGGGGACACUUCGGGGGACACCCGGCUCACCUCACAGCGCACGUCAUGUGCGGACAGACCCCCUUCAGCCCCCACCGCGGGUUCCCUAACGACGGCUGGCUUUAGGUUACCGACCUCCACAUGUCCCGCCUCCCUUCAGGGGGGGGGGGGAGAGAGAGAGACGCGCUGACCUCCACCUGCGGCUCGGCAUGGACAAACUCACCGUGAUAUCCGGAUGCCUCUUCCUGGCUGCGGACAUCUUUGCCAUCGCCAGCAUCGCCAACCCGGACUGGAUCAGCACCGGGGGGUCAGCUGGCUCCCUCACGGUGGGUCUGACCCUCCAGUGCCAGACCAUCCACGGCCGGGAGCGGUCCUGCAUCCGCCCCCGGCUUCCCCCGGAGUGGAUCGCGGCGCUCCUCUUCAUCGUCCUGGGCAUCGUCUCCCUCACCGUCACCUGCGGCCUGCUGGUGACGUCGCGAUGGCGCCGCGAGGCCGCCCGGUACGCCCGGUGGAUCGCCUUCACGGCGAUGGUCCUCUUCUGCUCGGCUGCUCUCGUGUUCCCGAUGGGCUUCUACGUCAAAGAGGUCGGAGGUCAGCCUUACAAGCUGCCCAACAACACGGCGGUGGGCUCCUCCUACGUGCUCUUCGUCCUCUCCAUCUUCUUCACCAUCGUGGGGCUGCUGUUUGCCGGGAAGGUGUGCCUGCCCGGCUGACCCCCCCCCCCCCCCCCGUCAGGGAGAAUGGACUCCUGUAUCUGAUAUGUGUGACAUGCUGGAUUUGGACUUGAGCACCAGAGUCUGAGGGAGCCGUGUGAGACUUAAAGACCGAUCCGCUGCACCCUGACGGAUGUGUUGAAUAUGGUGCAGUUAGCUCCGCCCCGAUGGAGGCUCACAGUGUGUAAUACAUCCAACAGACACAUUGUAUUCAUUUGUUUAACAGUUUAGUCUUUUCCUCUUAUUAAAAGGCCAAAAGCAUCCCAGUUGUUAAUGUGGUGCAUCGCUUUUGGCUUAAAUGAGCCGCUAACCCAAAAGAAAGGAGUACAGCGUGCAGUCGGAGGCUCAGGGUGGAGCAUAAAGCGGGCGAUGUAACGUCCAGACGUGUUGCAGGACGACCAGCUGGUGACAAACAAGUUGUGUUUAAAGCUUUGUAACUUUUUUCUGAUAACGAAUAAGUGAGUGAAUCUGUUUAAUAUAUUGGAUGCUGAGGGCAGCUCUGUAUGAAGGAACCGGUCCGUGGCCUUAUGUAGACACACAGGUGCUCUUAGACCAUGGAAGAUCUCAGCUCAAUAAAAAUGACUCAUUGGAGCGUUGUCUCAUCAAUUUAACAU